AUGGCCCUCGCAGACGUCCCACGUAUCAAUGUCCUCUGCAUGGAAGAUCGCUUCAUCCCCGCCUUCCAACAGGCUCUAGCCCAACACUGGCCCGAAAGCGGCACCACCCCCAAACCCACCAUCACCAUCCUCAACACCUCGCUCAGCCGAGUCCCUUCCAGCACGAAGUUCGACCUCAUUGUCUCACCGGCAAACUCCUACGGCCGACUCGACGGCGCCUUCGACGACGCCAUAUCCCGCACAUUCUGCCGCCCCCCGAACCACGCAUACGACACUCUCACCAAAGCAGCUCAGACAGUCCUCUACGAGCGGUGGAGGGGCUUUGCACCUCCAGGGUCCUGUACACUCGUCCACUUCCCAGAGGAACUGGUCGGGGAAAAUAAAUGGGGUUGUCGCUGGGUGGCGAUCUGUCCGACGAUGCGGUCCCCGGACCGGGUCAGGUGGGACCGGGAGAUUGUGUAUGAGUGUGUGUGGAGUCUGUUGUGUCAGGUCGAGGGAUGGAAUCGAUGCCGGAAGAGAGAGAACCGGAUUGAGUCGAUUUUGAUUACCCCACUGGCGACGGGGGCGGGAGGGGUGAGUGCGGAAAAGUGGGCGGCGCAGUUUGUGUUGGCGAUGAGGCAUUUUGUGGAUGCGCUAAAGAGGCCGCAGAGAUGGGCGGCUUUAGGAUGGGGGGAUGUCAUGAAGGAGGUUGAGGAGGUGAAGACGACGUGGGAAUUUUCAUCUUUCCUUGUUGCUAUCUGUGUAAUGACCGUGGAGAUGUAUUUGAAUUUCCAUCCGAAGCUAGUAUUCGUGCUGGUCGCCGCGCUCGGAACCAUCGCAUGCGUGUCCGUCAGGCGUUUCUUCAUCCGCCGUCAGUUCGCACGCGCCCACAGUUGCCAGCCAGUGGCGAGAUCCUUCAAUAAGGAUCCUUUCCUGGGACUCGAUACAAUCCCCGGGACGAUCCGCGCUCUGAGACAGCAUAAAAUUCUUGAAAGGAGUUGCGAGCUCUUCCGUGUCUACAGCAACACAUUCACGGUAAAAGAGCUGCAAAAACGUGCAAUCUUGACCGUGGAGCCGGAAAACAUCAAGACAAUCCUGUCUCUGAAAUUCAAGGACUACGGCAUUAGCCACCGCCUCGAGCCGUUCAAACCGCUGUUGGGAGAGGGCAUCUUCGACACCGAUGGCGACCACUGGGCCUCAUCGCGCGCCCUGAUCCGGCCCAGCUUUGCCCGGGACCAAGUAGCCGACCUGACGUCGUUUGAGAAUCUGAUUCAGGACCUCUUCUCGUUACUCCCGCGUGAUGGAAAGACAGUCGUGGACUUGCAGGAUCUCUUUUUCCGCUACACGAUCGACUCCGCAACCGAGUUCCUGUUCGGACAAUCAGUGGGUACUUUGAAGAAGACUCAUUCGGAGCUCGGUUUUGCCCAGGCAUUUCAUUAUGCGCAGAAGGCCAUCAUCACGCGAGGCACGCUGGGCCCAUUGCGCAUAUUCUACCGCGAUAGAAAGGCCGACGAGUGCAAUCGCAUCUGCCGGGAGUUCGUCCAGCAGUUCGUCGAGGAGGCAUUCCACGCAGUCGAGGUGAAAAAGGAAGACAAAGAAGAACAACAAGCCGAGACGAAGCGCCAGAAGCAUAUUUUCUCGCAUGAAUUGGCGUCGCGGACAUCCGAUAAGCAUCGCGUUCUGGAUGAGCUGAUGAAUGUUUUGCUGGCUGGUCGUGAUACUACUGCCAGUCUGCUCAGCAAUCUGUUCUUCAUGCUGGCCAAGAAUCCAGCAAUUUGGGACAAGUUGCGCAGAGAAGUAGCUGGUUUACAGGGUCGGGCACCAAGCUACGACGAGCUUCGCAGCCUUAGAUAUGUCCAGUGCUGUAUGAAUGAAUCGCUACGUCUACAUCCAGUCGUACCACGCAAUGAACGCGAGGCGGUCCGAGAUACCGUCCUCCCACUCGGAGGAGGCAAGGAUGGCCUCUCGCCGGUCUUCGUGGCCAAAGGUACCCUCGUGAGCUACAACGCAUACGCAAUGCAUCGACGGACAGACUUCUACGGACCAGACGCAGAGGAAUUCCGCCCAGAGCGCUGGGAGGAUGGAAAACUACAGCCCCGCUGGGGCUAUCUGCCCUUUAAUGGCGGCCCGCGCAUCUGCAUCGGCCAGCGAUAUGCUCUGACCGAAGUUGGCUAUGUUGUCGUCCGGAUGGCCCAGACGUUCCGUCUCUUGGAGAGUCGAGAUACGGGACCGUGGGAGGAAUCGCUGGCCUUGACCUUGUGCUCUCGGAAUGGCACGAAGGUGUGUCUGACUCCUGCUUGA